AUGUGUUAUACGUUUUUUUGUACUGCAUUUCAGCGAUCGGUCGUUUUGGACAAAAGGGUCCCUCGCUUGACCUUUGAAGGAUUGGGUGUUUGGCGUAUCUACUACCGCUUUGUAGACUGCUUGGCAACCAUUAGAGAUAUAUCCAGGAUUAGCAGGCUCACAGGCCUAGAGUGA